AUGGCUACCACUGCUCAUGAUAUGGACAGUGUAUCUGGUCUUCUUGAAGAGUUAAAGGUUUUCGAUGAUGACCUGGAAUUGAACGAGCAGAAUCGUCUGCAGAUGCUUCAAGUCGCCCGGGCGCUUGUAAGAGCACUUGAAACUCCACAAGAAACCGUUCUGAGACUAUGUUGGGCAGAGCCAACUCUUUACGGCGCAAUUAUCAUGGCCAUUGAUACUGGCUUAUUCCGUCAUAUGAACCGUUGCCCAGAUCUCCCAAUGACCGCACGGAACUUGUCGGAAUUUACUGGCGUAGAUCCCACACUGCUCAAGAGAGGCCGGAUUAUGAAACAUCUCGCUGCCAUGGGAGUCAUUCAUGAAUAUGGUCCAGACGAGUAUUUGCCAAACAAACUUUCCAGAACACUGUCAUUGGAGAAGUAUGCGGACGGAUUUCCGUGCAUGGCCAAUGGUGCCAUGCGAGCCAUAUACAAGCUUCCAGAGUACUUUAAAAAGGUUGGUUACGUGAAUCCCAAUGAUCCUACCGAUGGGCCAUUUCAGUACGCCUAUAACACCUCCAAACACUGGUUUGUUUGGUCUACACAAUACCCAAGUCUCUUUCGACAAUUCAACAACCAUAUGAGCGCAUAUCAUCAAGGGCGUCCGAGUUGGAUGGAUGCGGAUUUCUUUCCUGUCCACUCCGUUCUGACGGCUGGCGCUCGAAGGGAUGCGGACUCGGUGUUCCUGGUAGACGUUGGUGGUGGAUUAGGCCAUGAUCUUAUGGAAUUUUCUCAAAAGCACCCCUCCACACCCGGUCGGUUGAUCUUGCAGGACAAACGAGAUGUUAUCGCUCAGAUUCAAGGGGGCUUAGGAGAAAUUGAAGCCAUGGCACAUAACUUCUUCACUAAACAGCCCAUCCAAGGUGCCAGAGCAUAUUACCUACACUCUGUACUUCACGAUUGGCCAGACAAUGAGUGCAUCCGCAUUUUGUCUUGUAUUGCAGGAUCUAUGGAGCCAGGAUAUAGCAAAUUACUUAUUAACGAGAAUAUCGUCCCGGACCAGGGGGCCGACUGGCAGAUCACCGGCCUCGAUCUCAUGCUCAUGACGCUAGUUUCUGCUAGAGAGCGACGAGAGGGCGAAUGGCGCCAGCUUCUCGCUCAGGCUGGAUUCCAAAUUGUUCACAUCUGGACUUACUCAGCUGGCGUGGAAAGUCUGAUUGAGUGUGAGUUGGUUUAA